CUCUCUCUCUCUCUCUCUCUCUCUCUCUCUCGGUUUCUCUCUGAUUCUCAUGAUUUAAUCCUGGCUGUUUUCCCCUUCUCUCAAAUACCAUUGACUCCUCCCUCUGUUUCUCUCCCGCACACUCUCUCUCUCUCUCUUUCUCUCUCUCUCGCUCUGACACACUAAAACACACACGCACAAACACAAGCGCACACACACCCUCCUCCCCCACCGCUGCAGUGUCUCUUAACUGCCUUGGAGCUAGCGGCAGAGGAAACGGCACACACACACAAUAAUACAAGGAAGGGAGCCAGAGAAAUACAGAAGGCAAAGAAGAGGAAGAAAAAAACGGAGGGAGAAAGUGAUAAAGACAAAGAGAGAAAAGGAGAGGGAGAAAGAGAGAGAGAGAGAGAGAGAGAGAGAGGAGAGGGAGAAAUAAAAGGAGAGAGAGAGAACGAGGGAGAGGUGGCGUUCUGUAAGGAGGAGAUACAGGGCUGGAGAAAAAAAGAGGAGGAUGUUGGGGGAUUGGGACUAAAGAUUGCACACUCCCUUUUUGCCUGACUGUGAAUGUUUGUCUGCAGUGCCAGCGCUGAAUGGAAGGCAUACGGUGAAACGGAAUCGGGGCCAGAUUCACAGUGGCUCUAAUGAGAGAGAGCACAGAAACCGCUGAAAGCACACACCACCACGGCUCCACUAGAAAAAACACCCGUAAUCAAAAAACACGCCGCUUCCGAGUGAGCUCAAGAUAGACGGUACCAAACAACGGGAGAAAGAGAGGAGCGGAAAUAAGUAAAAGAGAAGAAAGAAAGAAAGAAAGAAAGAGGGACACAAGAGACGAAAGGCAGCCUGACAAAGAGAGGGUGGAUGCAUGCAGUGUCUGGAGGACCGCGAGGCAGUGGGGAAGCCAUGAGGGCAGGGAGACAGGGGGUUUCGCCAUCUCCGAGUGCUGUUCCCCAGCACCGCCGACUCCACUGACCACACUGUGGUGCACCCCCACCCCCCCCUCCCCCCACGCACAACCCUCCUCCUCUUCCCUUGCCCAACUUUAUCCUGGGGAGCAAGCCUGCUAUGAUCCCCUCCUCCUGGGACAGCAGCCUGGUUGUCCAGCCCGAACUUCAGGGCCUGCUGGGGCCAACUGCCAUGUCCUGGUAGAUCGCUGGGUCUGAAAAAAAGGUUCUGGGGUCUGUUGCUGCAACCACGAAACCAUCAGUGCUCAGGAGGUGAAGGAUGCAACUGACUUGAUUCGAUCUAAUCGCCUCUCCUUGAUGCUGCACAAGUCUUCCUAGUCUGAUUGAAGAUUAGGGGCUCAAAUAUUACAAAGGAUAUCACUGAUUACUUCCGUCUUUUGACUCUCCCUCUCCCUCUUCACUUUCACUGUCAUUUUUUUCACUUCCACUUUUUUGUCAUUCCUACCACUUUCCCGGCACCAUCUCCACCCUGCAAAGGAUCAUGGGAUGCCGGCAGAGCUCGGAGGAGAAAGACGCGGCGCGGCGGUCCCGGCGCAUUGACCGCCACCUGCGCUCGGAGAGUCAGCGCCAGCGGCGUGAGAUCAAGCUGCUCCUCCUCGGCACCAGCAACUCGGGCAAGAGCACCAUCGUCAAGCAGAUGAAGAUCAUCCACAGCGGCGGCUUCAACCUGGAUGCAUGCAAGGAGUACAAGCCCCUCAUCCUCUACAACGCCAUCGACUCACUCACGCGCAUCAUCCGUGCACUCGCCACCCUCAAGAUCGACUUCCACAACCCCGACCGGGCCUACGACGCCGUGCAGCUCUUUGCACUGACCGGGCCGGCCGAGAGCAAGGGGGAGAUCACGCUGGAGCUGCAGGGCGUCAUGAAGCGCCUGUGGUCCGAUUCGGGCGUGCAGGAGUGCUUCCAGCGCUCCAAUGAGUACCACCUGGAGGACAACACCGCCUACUACCUGAAUGACCUGGACCGCAUCUCUGCGGCCGAGUUCAUCCCUACGGUGGAGGACAUCCUGCGCUCGCGGGACAUGACCACCGGCAUCGUGGAGAACAAGUUCACCUUCAAGGAACUCACCUUCAAGAUGGUGGACGUGGGCGGCCAGCGCUCAGAGCGGAAGAAAUGGAUCCACUGCUUUGAGGGCGUGACCGCUAUCAUCUUCUGCGUGGAACUGAGUGGCUACGAUCUCAAGCUGUACGAGGACAACCAGACGAGUCGCAUGGCGGAGAGCUUGCGCCUCUUCGACUCCAUUUGCAACAACAACUGGUUCACCAACACCUCGCUCAUCCUCUUCCUCAACAAGAAGGACCUGCUGGCCGAGAAGAUCAAGCGCAUCCCGCUGACCGUCUGCUUUGCCGACUACAAGGGCCAGAACACCUAUGAGGAGGCAGCCGUCUACGUGCAGCGCCAGUUUGAGGACCUCAACCGCAACAAGGAGACCAAGGAGAUCUACUCCCACUUCACCUGUGCCACCGACACCAGCAACAUCCAGUUUGUGUUCGACGCUGUCACGGACGUCAUCAUCCAGAACAAUCUCAAGUAUAUAGGCCUCUGCUAGGACAUGGGGACUUUUAUUGGGGCGGGAGGGGGGGUGGGGGGGCAUGAGGCGUUGAGAGGUUGAGGGCAGGGGGUUGGGUGAAUUGGUGUGUGUGCAUAGAUGGGAGUUGGUGGUGGUGGGCGUGAUGGUGCAGUUAACUGCUACUACUGGGUUAGGGAGGCUGUCUGCAAAAAGCCUUCCCACUGAUGAAGAAGAGAGAGAGAGAGAGAGAGAGAGAGAGAGAGAGAGAGAGA